CUGCUGCAGAUCGGCGUCCCCAGCCAGGCUCAGGAACUCUGCAGCUUCUAUUUCUGAUCUGCAGUCAAGGAUUUCACCUUUGCAAAUGAGGUCUUAAGCAUGCAGGUGUGGGUGCCGGCCGUUAUGUACAUAAAUCCAGGAUGCGGUUGAAGAGGCUUACCACCGAGCCUCCAUGUAUAACAGAAGAAGUGCUUGAAGAAUGCUUAGCCACAGAUGACAUGUUUGUGGACUACUUUAAUGAAUUUUUGGGUCUUCCAACUUUUGUCCAGCCAGUUAAGUUUAACUCUGACUUCGGGGUUUUCGAAAUUGUUAAUGAUGCCCCACAGCGCCUGGAAAGCCAACUGAAAAAAAUUCUACAUGAUCAGAAACCUCCAAACCCCAUUUAUGAUGUUCUAAGGAAAGCAAAGAAUGAUGGGCAGCUCUCCAAAAUGUGCAGUGCUUCUCCUGCCUUCAAUAUUGAUCCAAAUUACAACACUAUGUGUCUUGACCGAGAGCAAGCAAUUCAGUGGAUUAAGAAAGAAAGGCUUCCAGCAUUUCUAGAAAGCGACUGUUACUUUGAGUACAGGCUAGCUAAAUUGAUAUCACAGGUAGAAUGGAGUAAGACUGGCAUAAAUUUCAUUAUAGACAGUGACUACUACCCCUGGAUAAAGAAAAGAGAACCAAGUUCUCCCCUAUCUGAGGAGGAUGACACUUCAUCGACUAUGAAGAAGUUCUACAUAUCGCUUGGCCAGGCUACAGUUUCUCAGAUAAAGGAUUGGUUUACAUUAGCAAAACAAAGUGAAUCCAUUAAAACUACAGAUGCAUUUAUACGUCCUGUAGCUUCCAGUCAAAUUCAAGAUAUUCAGUGUUUGCUGGGGCAGCAUGAAGGAGAUGAUUCAUUAAGCGAAAAGGAUGGACUUCUGGGACUAGGCUCCCAUUCUAAGGAAUGCGACCAACGAGGUUUCUUCUCCCCUUCAAGGACAACAUCAGCAAAAGCUGACAUUAUUAGGGAGAGAUCCAGGGAGGCUGAGGAGGAUUCUUGUGUGGCCAUUGCUGAACCUCCUCCCCACACUCAGUUAAGAGUUUAUCUAGACCCAAAAUGGGAGAGUGCAGCAAAAGAAGAAAAAGAACAGGAAAGCACAACUUUUCAGACACAGGAAGAAUUCACAGCAGCUUAUACUCAAUUUGUAAUGAAGGAACCCAUCCCAGAACCGACCCACCAGCCACCUGCUGACAUGGAGAGCAAUGUGGAUUUCCACAAACAGCCUGAGGUGUUUAUACAUGAAUUAGCAAAUAAUGAAUUUGCCUGUGGUACUGCAGAGUCACUCUUUUCCCAAAGUUCUUCUCCAUUUACUGUCUUACAGCCCAAGGGAGAUGUAGGAGAACGAGAUACUGAAGAAGUAAGCUUAAGAUCGAGUUCUGAAAGUGAUGGGGCAGAGAGUAGGGCUGCCUGGUGUAUCAGUCACAGGACUUACGACACUGGCAACAGACAUGAAUUUGAAAGAUUCAAGAAGUUCAUUAAAGGAACGCUUGGGGAAAGGUACUGGUGGUUCUGGAUGGAUAUUGAAAGACUAAAGGCUCUUAAGGACACUACAAGACAACAAAGGCAACUCAGUAAGAUGAAAAAACUCUAUCUGCUGAGCAGUGGAGACUAUUUCCUCAGUUCAGAAGUGUUACUCAGACUUGGGCUACUGCAUGGAGAUCGGUGGAAUACAGACCAUUUAAGACGGAUUCAGCCUGAAGUAGUGAAACCUCUGCUUCUUUACUGGGGUCCGAGAUUUUGUGUCACUCAUUCAACAGCAAUAGAAAGUGCCAGUGCAAAACUGAAGCACUGGCACACAUGCCAAGAGAGACCAAGGAUGGACAUUGAUCCCUUUCCACAAAUGGUAUCAUUGCUACCAUUAACACCUAAGUCUUGCACACCUGGGAUACCACCUUCUCUUCCUCAGAAAAGUAGAACAAGUUCACCAACAACUUUAUUAAAACUAUCUACACCAAAUUUUUCCUUGAAGAGUUCAUUAAGAUUACCACCUUCCCUGCCAUCAUGCCAGAGGCGCCAGAGGGAUGACACUUCCAGUGGUAAAAAGUGGCCAAAGUCAGUGAGAGAAGACACAAUUCAUUGCUCAGCUUUGGAUGACACCAAAGACUCAAAAUACCAGGUUCAUAGAAAGUACACCUAUGCUGAGCUGCUCCAGGGGAAAAGUGCUGCUGGCAAUGUUGUCUUAGGGGGAACAAGAAUGGAAAGCUUGCUGCAAUCUCUUUAUUUGGAGAACAGAGCAGGCUACUACUUCACACACUUCUGUGAGAAGUCAGGGAACAAGUUGUGGAAGAACAGUGUGUACUUUUGGUUUGACCUCCAGGCUUAUCAUCAACUUUUCUACCAAGAAACUCUUCAUCCUUUUAAAAUACGCAAGCAAGCUGAAUUCCUUUUUGCAACUUACAUUGCCCCAUCUGCCAGUAUGGACAUUGGACUUCAUCAGAGUAAAAAAACCAUGAUUUAUCAGAAUAUUGACCCAGCUUUCGAGGAUCUUUUUGACUCAGCAGAAGAACAUAUCCUCACUGUUCUGCUAGAAGCAUGGAUGAAGAUGAUGGAAUUAGACAAAUACACUUACGGAAAGGUGGAGUUGGUGGAAGAAACUCGACAGCUGGACUCCGUGUACUUUAGAAAGCUCCAGGCUUUGCAUCGAGAGAGUGGUUCCAAGAUGGAUGAGAGUACUGCUGCUGACACUGGUCUGCCAUCGCGUCCUGAUGCUCUCAAAGAAGAUCAGAAACUGCAUCAACUUCCCAAAGAACUGGCAGGUCCUAAUCUAUCUGACCUGAUCCAUGACAAAGAGAAGUUAGAACAGUUCUGGGCUUUUCUUAAUGAGCAUUCUGCUGGCAUGGAUCUCAUGUGCUGGCUAGAUAUUGAACAGUUCAGAAAGAUGGAUAAAGAAAAAAGGGAGGAAAAAUAUAAGGAUAUUAAAAAUAAGUACUUAAACAAAAAAUACUUCUUUGGACCCAACAGCCCAGCUACCAGAGAACAACAAGAACAGCUAACGCAUUCAGGUGGAGGAUGGGGACAAAUCCUUCAUGAUCAACUUUCGGCAGUGGUUCUGCUAGAAAUUCAGCAAUGUGUCCAGAAGAGAUUAGAAAAACAAUGGCUGCCAUUGUUCCUGGCAGAUGAACACCGUGGGGCGGAAGGACAAGCAAAGAUAAAGGACUUAACUGAAGACCUUCCACACCAAAACCAGAAGUCAACUAGGAGAUGGAAGCAUGUGGACAGUAAGUGGGUUCCUUCAUCUAGUGAAAUAAUUGCUUUCCGCAAGGCACUGUUGAAUCCAGUGACAGCAAAUCAGUUUCAACGCUUUGUGUCACUGAAAGGAGACCUACUGGAGAACGGCGUGCUCUUUUGGCGAGAAGUGCAGAAGUAUAAGGACUUGUGCCAUUCCCAUUGUAAUAAUGCCACAGUCCAGAAAAAGAUCACUGCUAUUAUCGACUGCUUUAUUAAUUCUGCUGUACCCCCAGCUUUGCAAAUUGACAUCCCACCUGAACAAGCAAAGAAGAUUCUGGAGCACAGGAAAGAACUUGGUCCUUACAUUUUCAGAGAAGCACAGAUGACUAUUUUUGCUCUUCUGUUUAAAUUUUGGCCAAAAUUUUGUAAAUUUCGAAGCAAUUUGACUAGUGAUGAAAUUCUGCUUGCCUUGGAGAGAAAAAAGAUGCGACAGAAGAUAAGCAAAAUGGCAGAGAGUAAAGAAAUGGGGACAAACCUCACCAGCCUGUCAAGCAGUGCUUUGGUAGAUGAGACUGGUGUGAAGAGAGGGUCAGCACCAUUUUCAGAUGGAUGGCAGGCUUCCUGGUCCUAUUCCAAAUACAUAGAAGCCUUGGAGCAGGAGAAAAUACUUCUUAAAAUGCAAGAAGAUCUGGAGAAAAGCUCAUCAUCAUUCCUCACAGGUUCUUCAUCUACAUCCUUCCUGAAGCCUGGAAACUCCAAAAAAUGCACCAAGUCUCCAAAGAGUAGUGUGAUUUUGGAGAAACGCUCAAAUCGUCUCAAGAAACAGAAGGCAUAUUAAAAUCUCUCUCAGGAAGGGAAUGCAGAAACAUAUAAUGGAGGUGGGCAGGAGACACAAAAGUAACAUACAAGCAAGGUUUGUCCUUCUGUUUCCAGAGCAAAGAUGACAACUUGGAAUAUUAUUAAGAACCAUUAGACAAUUGUCAAGGGUGGAAAAUAAACAUCUUCUACUGUAUUCCAUAUCAAUAACAUUGUGAUACUGACUCUUCUAUUACUCACUUGUUUCACAGCACACCUUGAGGCUCAAAUCAGAGUGAGAUUCCACUGAAGUAUGCAUGGCACAAUCAACUAGGUGGUCUUGAUCCUAAAGAUAAUCAAACCAAAUUCUUCAGUGCCUGAUCUAAUGAAUAACUAAAACACUGCAUUGAACUGACAGCCCUGAAACAGUGUGUCUUAGCACGCUAUGCUCUCACUACUGCAAUUUCUGUUCAUUAUGGAUAACUCAUGAGGUGUCUGAGCAAUCAAAAAUCAAACCCUGUUGUAGUUUGCUCCCAAUCCAGUCUGAUGCCUGGUCCAAGGUACACCUUCCGCCUCUUUUCUUAGCUUUUAUCCACAAGAAAGGCUUAAAAUCCACCAGGACACACACACGAUUGAGAACUUAAUGAUUUCAAGAGUUUCAAAAGUAACUGAGGCAGAGUUGAUGUGGGCACUAGGGCCAAAGCAUUAAUUGGGGAGUUAAAAGGGAACAAGGGCAGAACUAACUGCUAAGCAGGGCACAGGAUGAUGACAGACCUCUCCGCAAUUUUCAGACCACUUUAAACACCAGUCCCCAGCCACAGAGUUAUUGGCUUCAUUCUUCUUUACAUGUGUGUAACGCAUGUAAGAGAAAAGCAGAUCAGCAAGCUCCAGCUUGCUGAGUUCCUGAGGACUAGCUCUGAGUUAGCGGUGGGAUUGUUUUUCACUACCACUCCUAACCUGGAGACAAGGACAAUGAACCAUGCAGCCCUGUCUCAGUUGUUAGAAGUAAAGGUUACUUACUUGGAGAUCUUAGAUCAUACUGCUAAGGACCAUUCAUGAGCCCUUUCCUCCCGAGUGUAGAGUGGCAGCUAAGAACAACUCAUGACACAAUGCCCAAGAAUUGUAUGUGAGUUGCUUCAGACAGGCUGGUGGGGAAGAAAGACAUUCAGUUUUAUGGAUAUAGCUGCGCUGCUCACAUAGCUGCCCUGCUCACAUAUCCUCACAGAAGGAAUAAGGGAAAUUAUUGGUUCCAUUCUCACUUUCCUCACACUUCAGAGACAGAGUUUGCUUCAUGAUUACCUUCAUUCCUUCUGCAUUUGGUUUGUUUGCUUGUGUGACACUAUCCAAGAAAGACGACUUGAGUAGAAACCACAAGAGAAUAAAAGGUAAAAUUCUUGUCCUGGUUUUCCAUAGUUUCCCAUAUUUCACGCAGUUAACGUUUAAUGCUCAGUACAUCUGAGGAGGAUGGAAUGCAGCAUCUUGUAGUGAGCAGAGCACAUGUGGUACUAUAUGGCCUACCACUCAUUAAUGUAAAAGGCAAAGAAGAAUCACGAAAUGCCAUAAAUACAGUGAUACAUGUCCAUCUUAAAAAAACACGUGAAAGGCCAUAUUCUACUGCUGUGGUCAGUACAGUGUACAAAACCAAAAGCAAGAACGCGGCAGUCAGGUUCUGUUUUGUUGUAUUCUGGCCUUCACAGCAUUUUGAGACAGUUAAAUAACAUGUAGACAAUGCUCAUACUAGUAGUUUUGACUUGAAUCAUACUUGGAUUACUUUUAAAAUGAAAAAUAUUAUUCAUAUAUAUGUCACAGAUGAUAAAGCUCCUUGGGAAUAUGUUCCAGCCUUGCCAAAUUGUUAAUGAAGAUUUACCAGCCCUCCAUGCAAAAACUACUGUCCAAGACAGUUACUAUGAUUAAUGCCAUACAUGUCUAUCAAACUUAAAAAUAAGCAAAAAAAGUACUUCAUGUACUUCAAUGAGUGAAUGGAAUUUUAGUGGACAGACUGCCUAGUCUAUCCACUCAUGCUGUACAAACUGAUGAUAGCCUCCAACCAAGUUUGCAGUUCUGCCUCCGUGUCAACUGAAACACAUAUGCAUACACACGCACAUGCACUAUCACUCAUAGGCCAUAUCUGUAGUAGGCAACUGAGGAGGAUCACAUGUAUUAGUAAUGCUAGAAAUACAUGUCAUAUUGUUAUGCCUAUUUUAUGUGUUAAUUUGAAAGACAUUUUCCUGCAGGAAAGAUGGAGAGGUCCUCUUUGUCAGGGAGUGCAGGGAUAGGACAAGGGGUAAAGUUUUUAAGCUGAAAGAGGGCAGAUUUAGAAUAGAUACUAUGAAGAAAUUAUUUACUGUGACAGUGGUGAGGCUCUGGAACAGGUUGCCCAGAGAAGCUGUGGAUACCCUGUCCCUGGAGGUGUUCAAGGCCAGGUUGGAUGAGGCUUUGAGAAACUCGAUCCAGUAGAAAGUGUUCCUGUCCAUGGCAGGGGGUUUGGAACUGAAUGACCUUUAAGGUCCCUUCCAACCCGAACCAUUCUAUGAUUCUGUGAAAUGUUGAGCAGUUGGACAGGGAAUAUAUUAAAAGACAGGAAUGCUUUCAUUUCUGGGUUACUGAAUAUAAUCUGAUGCGAUGGCAGAUACCCCAUAACCGCUAUUUUGUGACAAAUCUGAAAUGGAACAGUGGUUUUAGACUUGUCCCAAGGGACCAAGCAAUGACUAUUGCAGUUCCAGAUGACAGCCUGAGAAAUGAACAGGUACAGAGACUGACCAAAUGUUAUUGUGCUGAACAAUGACUAUAUCACUUCAGAAAUCUUGCAUUGCUCUUGCCUUUUCAUCUUGGUCUUGAGAUCUAUUAUCUCUUAGGUUGCUGAUCUACUGCCUCUGUGAGCUCAGCAGUUUUUAAGGGCUAGAAAAGUUUUACUCAACAACCCUAGCACCUCUCUCCUUAGAUAACUAAAACUUUAUUCCUUGUUUAUUUUAAUUACAUAUAUAUUGGGACUUUCAGAACUCUACAGCAGAUCAACAGUUCUCUGUAGCGUUUGCUGCUACAGACAAUAAAAACAAUUCUGUUUUCAGAAACCUGCAAACUUAGAAACUCUUCUGGACGGAUUUAUGCUUUAGUGGCAUUCAAAAUACACAAUCUAAUCAUAUUCAUUCAGACUUACUUUCAUUGUUUACUUCCAAGUAAUGCAACAUAUUGGAACUAUUUUGGAUUUUUUUAAAUCCAUCAUUUAGAUUCGUAAAUAUUUAAACUUAGAUGCUAUUACUGUGUAUUUCACUUUUCUGUCAUCAGACCUGGCAUGUUUAUUAAAACAUUUUAUAAUCUUUGAUGGUGCAGUCCUGAAGUUUCUCCUUCAAAUACUUUUGAUGUCAACACAAGCUGUGACUAUGCACCUCAGGAAGGAGCAUUAUAAAUUUUGUUUUGAUUUCUUUCCUACUACUGCAUGACACAAAGUAUUGGACUAUGAGAUGAAUUGCUGAAAAUACGUAGUGCUGGAUUAUGUUUUCAAGGUCCACGCUUACAAUAGUUACAAGGGGUCGUGGUGGUCACGAGGCCAUUUAAAUGCAAAUGUUUUCUCAUUUGUGUCUGUAUAAAGCUGCUCUGUCAUUGCCUCUGUGCUCCUCAUGAUCUCUUCUUAGUGGCUGUUUCUUGAAGUACUGUUAAUGAAGAGUGGUCUUAGACUCUGGGCUGUGGAUUCAUUUGUCAGUUUCAAAGUGUGGAAAUCUAGUCUUAACCACCAGGCAUUGAGACCAGCAAUGAAGAGAGGUGCUUUGCAGACACAGCAGUGGAUCAGAUGCAGCAGACCCAGUUUCUGUUAUUGGUUCUGGUUUUAUACAGUACCAGGUGGCCAAGGCCAAACGCGUUUGCGCCACAUCUUCUACAUCUUUUAUACAAGAAGAAUCACUGUGACUCACUUUGCAAAAAAGGGAAACUUUAUUCAUGAAGUCUAUAGAUAAAACUAUCAAUGAACUGGGUAUUUUCCUAAAUGUGAGACUUUCAGUUCCCCGGUUUUAAGAACACUGAAAAAUGGCAGGUGUCCCUUCACCGCUCCUUCUGUGCCUUUACCCCUAUACUGUAUUACACACUUGGGGAUAUUUUCUAUCCUCUACCUCUUGUAGGCUUGUGAAAUGGCCAGUCUCAAUCCCACCCAACACUAUUGCUCUUGUCAAAACUAUUGACUUUAGCAUGUGUGUGUGUAAAAAGAUCGAAAAGAGACCAGAUAUUUCAAAGUUCAGUCCCCAACUUGGAAAAGAAAAUCCUUAUGUUAUUUAUGUUUCUAAUGUUAAAUACUGGGCCAAACUGAUCACUGUGUAGCUGUGCGUGGCCAAUGGAGCUGCAGUAACCCAGCUUGAAUUUGACUUCUUUAAACAUUACAUUCAACUGAUGAUUUUCAUUACUGUCUUUUACAGAAAUGGUUUUAUUCAGUUACUGUGAUUCAUGUUUGAAUACAGCUAUAUAGGGUUAACUGGUAUUGUUUUGUAAGCUUAUGGAACAUUGCUGGGUUUAAUGCACUCAGUAGUUGCUGUAAGAAUGUUAGAGAAAGACAAGUUUGAACAAAAAUUUUAGAUCUGGAUCUGUACUCACAGUUCAAACCUACCUCUAAUGGCCUGAUUUGGAGCAUUCCCAGGAUUUCAGAGUUAUAAUUGACAUCUGUGUUUCUAACUCCUUCAUGCAUGAUUGUUCGAAUGUGCACUUUUGGAACAGGUCCAUGUCUAAUAGGCUAAAUUGUAGUUCCCAAAUCAGAAGCCACAUGGUAUUGCUAUAUAGGCUUUUUUUUAAUUUCUCCUCUUAUUACGUAGCCUUCAAAUAGGAUUCUGUCAGUCCAGCACAUUGGAUUAAUACAAACCACCAAAGUCUACCUACCUGCUAAUGAACUCACACAUUUUGAUUUCUAGCAGUGAUUUAGUAAAGCAUUUACACAAUGGCCACGAUGGAUACUUCUUUGCCAAGUAAUAAUUUAUCAGAGUGCUGGAGCAGAUCAGAAUUAUGCAGGACCCACUAAAGCAAGGGCUGCCAAGGUAUAGUUGAGAUUCUCUUAAUUUUAAUACUCAUUGAGCUGACCUAAUUUAUAUGUCAAGCACAGGCUGCAUUAACUUGGAUUUUACUCUAUUUCUCCAUUAAUUAACAUAUUUCACUUUCAUGGUAACAUAUGUGGAAGCGUUGACAACAGUACUGCUUAUUCCACAUGUUAAUUAUGUAUUUGUUCAGAGUAUGCUGGUGAAAUGUGUGCAUGUCUCAUGUUAAGUUUUCAUUUCAUGUCAAAGGAAAAGUGGAAACAUAGUAAGAGGACUGUGCUUUUAAUUUUAGAUAAUUUUUUCUUCUAAAACAAUCUUGUACAUGACUCCACUGUACCAUAUGCCUUUGAAAAUCUUUUGUUGGCAAGUAGUUGAAAAAGAAAGUAAUUCUCGCUUCUCAGAAAAGGAUUUUUGAACAAAGCAAAGCAAUUGUGUUGUUAAUGAGAAAGUUAAAUGAAACAAAUGACAAAGCAAGCAAGAAAAAGGCACAGCAUCACACUCAAGGAAUGCACAGGCACUCAGUAGCUUAUGCAAUAUUCCCCAUCCGUCAAAGUCAGCAAAUACAAAGAUUUCAUUGGGAAUAUUCAUCUGUAAUAGGCUGUGGUGCUUAUGUCUGGGCAAAGGUAAUGAACAAGCUUUUAGGAUUCUUAGUAGUUUCCACCAGUGGGCAACUAAAUGAGUUUCAUGCCAGAAGCAAGACCCAGCUGCUCAGUAUUGGUUUUGUGAAGCCCAGCCCCUGAUUGGUUUGAAUACCACUCAUUCCAGAAAAAGGUAUUUUGGGAAUCAAAUCUGUUGUGUCUCUAGGGCAACUUACACCUUUACAGUUUUGUAUGUGUAUAUGUGUGUGCAUGCAGGUAUACCUGUUUAUACAAUCUAUAUUUCAUGGGUUUGUGCGUGCCUGUGUGCAUAUCCAUAUACAUACACACUAUACACAUAUAUGCAUAAAAUUAUCUUGUUUGGUAAACAUUACUGUCAUAAUCACAUAGGGCUUAAGUCUGGUGUAUAUCAUCUUCUUACUAAUACACUAUUCCAACCAUUUUCUCCCGUGUAUUUUUUUCCCCAAAAUGAAGGUCUUUAUGUUUUGUUGCAGUGUUUGGGUUUGUAUUCACUUGCGCUUGAGAAGACAGAGCCACUACACUUGCUUUGUUGACGAAUAUGACUCUUCACAGAGGUCUGCACUGCUGCUGCAAAGAGAAAAUAAAUGCAAUUUUGGGGAGGUUUUUUUUCCUCUAGAAAGCAUAUGCAAGAAAAAAAAUUAACUUUCCCUCUGUUUUUUCUCCCAAACGAGAAAGUAAUUAACAGCAUGUGUUGGGCCAUUCACUAAAGGCUACAAUAAAUGAUUUAUUAUUUUCAAACUAAUGAACUGAAUGCUUGAUCUAAAAAAGGAAAGUAUGUACCACCAUCUUAAUCUUCCAGUUUAUGACUUUACAGUUCAAAGAUCAUCUUAACUCGUGGCUGCCUGAUCCUGAAAUUUGCUGUAUGUAUUGAAACUUAUUCUCUUAAUUCACGUCUUCUGGCAGUAGCAGGCCUUUGGAAAGCUGUCCAGAGGAUGAUAACAGUGAUCUUUUAUUUAUUUUUUUGAGUGAAAUACCAGGAAAGCAUGGCAUUGUCACUGCAGCUCCACAUAAAAGUAUAUUAAAACAACCCAAAGCAAAACAAAAUCAAAACACAGAAAUACAUAGGCUUAGUUGUGCUUGCCAAGGUAAUGUAGUGCUAAUCACAGAUUUGUAUUCCGAGACAACAAUUAAGGAUUAGAAAGAAACUGUCCAGAGAGCUUUUGGAAUCCUUCUUGUCAUCAGAGGGGUUCUAAAAACAGAUAAGACAUGCACAUCUGCCAGGAACGGCUACGUGUUUUGAGACCCAUAUUGAGGCAGGGGAGUGAGCAGAUGAACUCAAGGGACUUAUUUUCUCCGAAUCCAUAUUCAGGUUUCUCUGAAUGCAAAAGCUUAGCCUCUGCUAAGGAAUCUUAUGAUAGUCAAGGGCCAUGACACCUCAUUUGCUCUGCACCCGAAACUCCCACUGAAGCCAAUUAUUAAAUCUAAUUUAACAAAGACCACAGCUUCUCUGGCUGUGCAAUUGUUGGUAACCAUCAACAAACUGAUUCAUCUACAAUUGGGCCAAAUGUUACAAAAUCUGUUUCUGAGUUCUUGUUUGUACCCCCAUCAUAAGAUUACACCAAAAUUAAAGCAUGCAGUACUUGAACUAACUUCAAAGGCUGAGCUUGCACUUCUAGCUAGUUCAGCCUUUUUAUUGGUUCAUGUUUUCCAUUUGGCUUCAACAUCCUGUUCCUUACUGAUGCCCUUCUAGAAUUUCAUUUACAAAUACUACAUCCCUGGUUAGCAAGUCGUACUAAUUAAUACUGUGGUGGAGGCUAUGGAUUAUCGUAAUCUCAUGCCUCCUGCUUGGAAAAACACUGCAAUUUUCCCAGACGUUUACAUGUAACGACAUAUUGAACAUGGCCAAAUUUGUCUUAGGAAAAUGUAUCCUGAACUCAUUUAAUCAAAAUAUAUUUAACUAAGGUUGCUUACGCUGUUAUCUAUAUCCAGUUUCGUUAAUCAUGAAGCUCAAUGCAGUAGAAACCUGAGAGCCACAAUUUCCUAAUUAGAUUAUUUCAAGCAAAAGAGUGAAGUUUAAAACGGGCUGGUUUAAGUAUACAUAUUUUUAAAAAGUUUAUACCAGUAACAAGUUUGUUAAAAAAGCACGAACAGAUGAUUUGACUACUUUCUGGAAGCCUCACACUUUUGACUGUGCUUUGCCUUUCAAACCUGGGACCACAACUCGACAUCAAUAUUAGUUCCACUGGGGAUAUUGUACUCACAGACUCCCUGACUGCUGUGACUUCAAGUGUUGCCAAAGUUAUGAUUGCAAAGAAAUUCUAUUAUAUUUGCAGUACCACAAAUAUCAAAUAAAAGCUCUGGAGCCUUUACACAACAUAGCAAUCCUAAGUUGAUAGGUUGUUCCUAUACCAAAAUAAACAAAAGUAAAGGCAUUUUUUUUAGGAAGAGAGGAUCUCUUUUAUUAGACCAGGUGAUGUAAUUGGAAACAACAGACAAGCUUUCAGGCUCACAAUGUGUUCACCAGGUCAUAAGGAGGUCAAGAAACACAUAAUCAUUGGGUUACUUGUUGUUUUAGUUUUGGUUCUGUGUUCAUGAAUUCUCUUUUCAUAAAUGGACACCACUUUGUUGACAUGACUGCAAUACGAUGAUACAAGUCACUACAUAUCUUAAAGAGAACCCCCUUCCUUCUAGACUGUCACUUCAGACCCAGAAAAGAGAAUUUGCCAACAUCUUGUAAUACUCACCAUGUCACCACCUCAACAUGAAUUGAAACAAACUAAAAUGAGAGGUUUAGAAACCUACAAGAAAAGGUUUAAAAUCUUGCCAUAGGAAACAAUUGCAAAAGUGGCACUUUACACAUGACCUAGACCUGCCUUUUUUUUUUUUGUCAAAACAAGCUCCGUAUUGUACUGAGUAAAUAAAGGGCAUAGAUGUCUCCAGGUUAAAUCCCGUAGCUACAUUUUUAGGUGUCACUCCCCCAGGAUGCAGCCCCUGAGCAAAGCUCUUUUCCUCUCUGCUCAGCUCACUCCUUGGAGAGAUGCACUCUGAGCCGAGAGCUGCCCAGAGCAAGUCUGUUACACCUAACCAAGGAAAGGGCCAAAUAGAGUGCCUUGUAGAGGGCGAGCCAAAUCUUCUGUUUGAAAGAGGCUUUCCCACUCUGGAGCUGAACCCAGCCUAGGAAUGCUUGUGGUCUACAUCUGAUGAACUGUUGUUUGCGGAGAUGGAACUGUAGAGACUGAAUUACAUGUAACAAUUCCAUGUUGAGUGGUUAAACUGGAGAUUGGUGUAUUGGUCUGUAAAGUUGGUUUAACUCCAUAGGUUCCUGUCUAGAAAAAUAAGGAUGAGGAACGAGAAAAACUUCACCAGAGGAAGGCACCUCUCAGCAAAUAAGGAGAAGGGAAGGAAUAGUAUGAAAACCUUGUCUCUGAUGACUUUAUUUCCACUGCAGACAGGCCACAUAACAUUUGAAAACACAAAAGAAUCCUGGCAUCAUUUUAAUGGAUUUGAGCAAGGAACAGGUCUGGAAGGAGGCAUUUUGGUGGAUAUGUUCUUUUUUUCUAAGAAAACAGAUGAUAAUAUAGAACAUUCCUGGUAAUGAACAAUGACUCAGACAAGUCUAAGUUAAAAUUUUAGGUAAAAAUGACAGAUAUAUUGUGUAUUACUUGGUUAAAAAUCCAGUUUAUCUAAACAAAGUUGCUGAAAUAAGCAGUGUGUCUAGUUCAAAUAGGCCCUCUGCACCUGGAGGACUUCAGAGUGAGAACAAUUAAUACAGAACCACGCUCCAGUUCAGGGAAAAAAAGAUUACCACAUUAAUGUUAACGUCUGAGCUAUGGAACUUGAUGUGGUUUCCAGUUCUUUGGCCUGAAUGCAAACAUCAGCCAUGUCUUGACCGCAUGUUGGGAGCUUGGGAAAUAGCUGAUACUCUGUUUUUAACAAUAUAGCUCAUAAUGGUACCAAACAAAGGAUCAUUUGCAUAAGUAUAUCAUUAUUUGGUAUGUAUAAAAAUACAGAAAUCCACCUCUUUACAAGUGGAACAAAACUUAAGAAAUUGCUUUUUUUUUUGAGAUUUUUCUAUUUCAGAAGCAUGCACAAAAUCAACAAAGGCUUGUGAAAUCCCCAUCUGCUUUAUUUGCUCUGAUUUGAACUUCAGCUUUUUCUUUUUUCUCCUUUGUUUAUAAUGCCCUUUUGGAAGUACAAAAAUAUUUUUCUUCCUCCUACUAAUUUUGACUUUUUCCAUUUAGGAAUCAUUGAUUCACCCACAUUUUUUGUACAGCUGACACUCCAAUUUUGUUCAACAACUUCUUGUGCCACAAAAUCUUUGUUUGUUCCACAGCACCGUUGACUGAUGUCAACAAAGCCCUGGUAAGAGAGUAUUUGAUGAGUUAACUUCUGGCACAGAAAUGAGAGGAGGAGCACAAAUGCAUGCAUUUUCAUAUGUGGCACAUGGCAUUGUUAACUUUUUUUUUCUUUUGUGAUAGAGAGGUAGAUGUUACAAUAAACUGUUCAGUUUAUUGAGCAGCUGGCUCAGGGGAUUGCUGAUGUGAUCUUUUUCCAGUAGACUUUUGGUUCUAAUUUGAUCCAGAUUAUGAUUAUCUAAAGAUUUUUUUUGUGGCAUAUGCAAAAUCACUGGAUUGUCACAGUCCUGUUCCUAGUCGGCUUCAGUCCACACCACAGCAGGUACGGUCCUAAGUAUCACAGCUGGCAGCCUUAGUGGAAAAGACAAGGAUUCACUGCACAAAUUUUCUCUGAGUAAAGUCAGAGGUAAAUUUUAUUUUAAAUUUCAAUGGAGCAUAACCAAGAAAUGAUUUAGUAUUAAUGCCUUCCUUCUCAAAAGACGAUUCCUUUCAAGAACACCAUGAAGAAGUGUCAGUUAUUGUUGGCACUAUAGUAUUUAGAGAGGAAAAGAAGACUGCAAACUCUAGUUUGGUAACUGUGACAUCUUUUGUGCAAAUGGUCCUAAUAUUCAUGUUCAAAAGACAACUGGACCAGGUGCCACAAACCCCAUGGACUGGGUUGACUAGAAAGGAAAUGACUGCUAUUGUCUGUGUGCUGUAUGCCUCAGUGUCUCUGAAGGUUUAUUUGCUUUAAUGUACAUGGGUGCGUGGUGUCAACUUGGGUCCAGAACCACAUGCAGUCUUGUAAUCCAUUCAGAAACCGAAAUGAUGGGAAACAACAAUCUGCACUGACUUAACAGUUACCUCUGCCCUCCUUCCACAGCUCCUCCUCCAAUUUUCCUUAACCUUUUUUUAUCCCUUAUUUGCACAGUCCAGAACUGCCCUUUAUAUGGAACAAUAAGGAGUUGGCUGUAUAUUCCACAGUAAUGAUGUAAAAGAAUAAUAAUAAUUAGCACUUCAUUUAGCAUCUUAACUAUAACACAAAGAUUCCUAGCCAGCAGUAUCUCAGGCACAUGGGGAAACUGGUCACAUAGAAAAGAAUUUAACAACCUAGCCAGCCAUGAAGUAAGCUAUUGAAAACAGCAAUGAAGAUUUUGUUAUUUGCAGAUCAUCCACCAAAAUAUUCUGUCCUACCAAGACUCGUAUUUACAGGAAAAUUCCUCAUAUAUAAUUUAUAAUGAUAGUAGCCAGGAAACCUGCUAUACUUUUAUUCCAAUCAAUUCCAUGUUCUGUUUUUCUUACAUUGUGUAAUACAAGGGCAAGUUGUGUGGAGCUUUUAAGGCCCCUUAGAAAACUCACCCUGACAUUUCUUUCCCAAUCUUACCGAAUGACUGCAUGAGCUCACCUCAGCACCAGCGUGGACCUUGUGGGCCUGGGUGUUUCUUUAGACCCUCAUAAUCAGGUUACAGAUAUAUCUUGUCAUUCUUUUGGCAUGACAUUAUUAACAUUUGGCUCUUUGUGUUAAUCCACACAGAAAAACUCCUGGUCAGACAUUCUCCAUUUUGGUCCCGACUAUUGUAACAAACUUAUCAGUUUGCGGAACACUGUCUAAAUUACACCUCUUCAGACUGAUGCUACAAAGAUCAUUCUCCAAGCUUGUAGCCACUGCUGAAUGAUUUCUCUGCAAUUUUCUAAUGAUGCUCUCCUCUUCUUUAAUCCCAUCAAAAGAAAAGCAACUUCUCUUCAUUUUUAAGGGCCCAUCUCUUCCGUCAUUUGAUGUCAAGUCCUGCUGCCUUUGGCAAGGGAGCAUAAGGCUCGAAUGAAUACCUCGCUGCACAGGAGGGGCUUCAGUUUUUUCAAGGCAGGAAUCUAUAGCAUUUAGUGUAAAUCCCACAGAGAUCCCCCAGGAAUAAAACCAAUGACAAUACCAUAUGCAGGUGGCUAUUAGCUGGAAACAUAUGUGCCUCAUUUCCAAGAAAGGUAUAAAAACUAGCCCAGGAACACCUAGAAAGGAUUACAGAUUGCUGUAUUUGUUUCUAGGCUCGGCCAAUCGUUCUUAGCAAACUCUGUAACGAUUAUUAUUUCAGGUAUUCUGGUGUUCAGGCUGUUUGGGUUUGACAGCUGCCCUGCAGGUCUGGAAAACUGACUGAUGCAUGUGGGAAGGGAGCUGGGAGUGGGUUUGUUGGGGAAUUGGUGGGGCAGUGAGCACACAGCGGUGCAAGAGCUCUGGUCUGGUGUGAGGGCCACAAAUGCUGCAAGGGCCGCAGCUACUGUGAGGGCUGCGGCUCCUGCAAGGGCUGUAUAAAAAUAUUUUUCUUUGUCCUACUAAUUUUAACUUUUUCCAUUUAGGAAUCAUUGAUUUGUCCUCAUUUUUUUGUACAGCUGCCACUCCACAGUUUUGUUAAAUAACUUCCUGUGCCACACAAUUUUAGACUAGACGUAAGGGAGAAUUUCUUCGCCACGUGAGUGGUGAGGCACUGGCACAGGUUGCUCAGGGAAGUUGUGGCUGCCCCACCCCCGGAGAAGUUCAAGGCCAGGCUGGAUGGGGCUUUGGGCAACCUGAUCUAGUGGGAUGUGCCCAUGGCAGGGGGCUGGAACUGGAUGAUCUUUAAGGUCCCUUCCAACCCACACUAUUCUAUGAUAUCUUUGUUUGUUGCACAGCACCACUGACUGAUGUCAGCAAAGCCCUGCUGCAAAGGCUGCGGCU